AUGGCGAUCGUGUCCGAUGACGAGAUUCCAUCAGAGCGAGAGGUCUACACAUCAGACACCACCAGCACCGACGAUGAUGAUUUCCAGCCGUUCGCGCUGCCUGACGUCGGAGUUGAGCCUGCUGAUGGCCUUCCUGCCGGGGAUUUACCACUUGCGGUGAUCCCUGCUCGUAUACCGCUUGCUGCUUUUCCAGUCAUAGACAUGCCACUCGAUGUUGUUUCUGACGACAAUAUCAAUCUGUUUGAGGAGGACCCACCUGAGGGAGUGCUGCAUCACUCUUCAGAAGCUGAUCCUGACAUGGCAUUGUCAGCUGCACCCGGUCCCGCACACGACUUCGAGUUUGACCACGAGGUUGAUGAUGAUUUUGAUCCUCCCUUAGAGGCGCCCGUAGCUCCUAUUGAUCCUUUGUUUGAUAUUCCUGCUGAUUUUGAUAUGGAUCUUGUUGAUCCUGAGCCCGUCAUGGCCCCUAAGCCAGUAGUUGCUCCUGAUCCUGCACUAGAGCAUGACCCUGUUCAUGAUGAGGCACCAGCUUUUGUACCACCCAUUGCUGACCCACCAGUUGUUGCUCCACCGUUGGUGGAUGACCCUGUUGUUGACGCACCAUUACCUGAUCUCGUGCCGGUAUUGUUUGACCGUGCACCUUUUGCUGCUCAUAUAGAUCCACGAUAUGCCGACACCCGCAACGGGUGGAUCGAUGACGAUGACGAUUACCCACCGUAUGUGCUGCCUGUCAAUCCCCCAGUAGCACCCGUGUUCGCACCCACUGAUAUCCCAUUGUUUCCCCCACACACCACAGACGCUCACCGUACUGAUCUUCCCAUUACGUUCCUCUAG